AUGGACACCUCUUUGUGGACAUCAAAAACUUCAUCCCUCUCACUCUUCCUCCUCCACCUCUACCUCGCCUCAGCUCACGCCAUUCACUUCAACAUAACUCGGUUCGACGGCGACGAUCCGCGAAUCCUUUACGAAGGAGACGCAGGGCCUUCACGUAGCGCCGCCGAGCUCAACAUCAACUAUGAUUACGUUUGUCGCGUUGGCCGUGUCAUCUCCGCCGAAGCGCUUCACCUCUGGGACGCUAACACCAACAACCUCUCGCACUUCCGCACCAGCUUUUCCUUCACCAUCGACACGCUCGGACGGGCCUCCUACGCCGCCGGUCUCGCCUUCUUCCUCGCGCCGGUUGGGUUCGAAAUGCCUCCCAACUCAGUCGCCGGUUUCCUAGGCCUUUUCAACACCACUACAAUGGCCGACUCGUUUCGGAAACAGAUUUUUCUCGUCGAAUUCGACUCCUUUUCGAACUCAUGGGACCCUCCGUUUGAGCACGUGGGGAUCAACAACAACUCGCUUUCUUCGGCCGUCUUCACUCGUUGGAACGCUAGCUUCCACAGCGGCGACACCGCCGAUGUUCAUAUUAACUACAACGCCACUACAAAACAUUUAUCAGUCUAUUGGUCCUACAGAAGAAGACGCAAUGCUACAGAGAAUACUAGUCUUUCUUACCAUAUCGACUUAAGCAAGAUUCUACCUGAGUGGGUCACCUUCGGAUUUUCGGCCGCAACAAGUCAUUUUUCAGAAAGACAUAUUCUUAAAUCAUGGGAGUUUAGCUCAAGCUUGGAAUUGGAUGUAAAGGAAAAGGAGAGAGAGGACACAAAGAAGAAGACAUUAUUGGUGGGCUUAAUUGUCUCAGGAACUGGGGUUGUUAUAAUUGGGAUGGUUAUAGUAUUUAUGGUUAUGUUUCGGAAAAGGAAACGGAAGAACAGGGGAGAAGCAGAGACGGUAAACUUAACAUCGAUGAACGCCGACCUCGAAAGAGGAGCGGGACCGAGAAGGUUUUCAUAUGCGGAUUUAGCAUCGGCCACCAACAACUUCUCGGAGAAAAGGAAGCUGGGACAAGGAGGGUUUGGUGAAGUUUACAAAGGGUACCUGAAUGAUUUGGACUUGAUUGUGGCUGUGAAGAAAAUUUCGAGCGGAUCGAGGCAAGGGAAGAAAGAGUAUGUCACUGAAGUGAAGGUGAUCAGUAGCUUGAGACAUCGGAAUUUGGUGCAGCUCAUAGGUUGGUGCCAUGACAAAGGCGAGUUCUUACUAGUUUAUGAGUUCAUGCCAAACGGUAGUUUGGAUUAUCAUCUAUUUGGUAAGAUUAGCCCUCUUACUUGGCCCGCAAGGUACAAGAUUGCUCUCGGUUUGACCUCGGCAUUGCUAUAUCUUCAUGAAGAAUGGGAACAAUGUGUCGUCCAUAGAGAUAUCAAAUCAAGCAAUGUGAUGUUAGAUUCCAACUUCAACGUCAAGCUUGGCGAUUUCGGGUUAGCUCGGCUUGUGGAGCAUGACAUGGGGCCUCAAACAACUGGGUUGGUUGGGACAUUAGGGUAUUUGGCUCCGGAAUAUGUGAGCACAGGAAGGGCUAGCAAGGAAUCCGAUAUUUACAGCUUCGGGGUGGUUGCUUUAGAAAUCGCGACCGGAAAGAAAUCCACUGCUCAAAUGGAAGAGGACUCGGAAAUGGGAUUGGUGGAGUGGGUUUGGGAUCUGUACGGUAAAGGAAAGAUGCUUUCGGCUGUGGAUGAGAGAAUGCUGAUGGACUUUGAGCAGAAACAAGUCGAGUGUUUGAUGAUUGUGGGGCUGUGGUGCGCUCACCCCGAUCGGUGUCUUAGGCCGUCGAUCAAGCAAGCGAUUCAGGUUCUGAAUUUCGAGGCAAUGUGGCCGAAUCUUCCAACGAGUAUGCCUGUUCCGGUUUAUCAUGUGCCUAUGUUUUCAAUGACAGCCGGCGAGGCUUUUGUAACAACAAGCCUUGAGGCCUAAUUAUGGUGCACUUUCCAAUUCUUCACUUCAAUGGGAUUAAUAUUAUGUACGUGCACACAAUGUGGAAACUAUGUAAUUUCUUAUAAGCCAAAAUGUAAGGACUAAAAUGUCAGAGCAUUGAUACUGCUAAGCCAUUUUA